AUGGGCCAUCAGCACGUGCAUGUUGAGUUGUGGGCGGCCGACGAGGAAAUGGACAGAGCGCUGCCCGUUGAACUAUCAACCCCCUUCACUGUCCCAACACAAAAAUCUCAUCCUCGACAUCGAGAAAGCGGCGAGAUUUAUGCCAAGGGACACAAGACUCUGGUUCAGAGCUUGCAUCAGAAGCUGAAGACACAGUUUGUCGACACGUCAAAUUAUGACGACAUCAUUGUGGAAACUGAGAAAGCGACGAAAAAGCAUAUGCAUGUUUCUGGCAAGCCCAAUGCCUUCAAGGUGUGGGAUGCGCUGGAGAGGGACAAGGUGACUGAGGCUGUGCGAGCACUCACGGCAGAUAAGGGUUGCAAUGUCUCCAAGGUGUGGAGAGUCGCACGGAGUGCUGAAUGGGCAAAACUGUCCGAGGAGGAGCAGAAGGUGUAUGAGGAAAAGGCAGAAAGUUGGUGCAAUGGCACUCUGGAUGAUAAGACGAAAAUGAAGCUGAGGGAGCAGCGAAUGAUGCAAUAUCUGAAGAAGUUUGCCAAGACUAUGUGGGACACCAUGGGCAUUCACAUGGCAUUCAUGCUAGCAUAUCCGAAGGAAGCGGGGAGUCUGAAGGUAGAGAUGGUGGAGGUCAACCACGCCAUCACCAAUGGAACUCCAUUCGGGGCCUAUCCUGGGUGGCUGUGUGCUUACCAGCCUCUAGCAAAGGUGUUCUCUGAGUGGGCCAAAGGCGAAUACGGUGUGACUGAGACUACGGUGACGGUGAAGAAGACACCUGCCGAUUGCAUGCGGGCCAUGGACAAGAUUCAGUUGACGGCCAACAGUUUUCCUCUGCUCCCGUCGGUGCCCGAAGGUAUGGCGGAAGCGCCUCUCAAGGUGAUAAAGGUACAAGUUCGAGACUUCAUGAAUCAUCACUACGCAUUGGCGAAGGGUGUUCGGAACUGCAAGUCGCCAUGGAUGAAGCUGAACAGCAUAGACGACAUCAACAAGGUUAUUCUAGCGGAGAUGCUACCUGAGAACUUCCAGUGGAUCGAUCCCUCAAAGAUGACAAGUGUUCCCGUUCUGCCCUCCUCGACCACUGGCGGGCACGCCAAGAGGAACAUGGACCUGAGCAGACCAUGUGAUUCACCCAGUACUUCGACAAGGAUGGCGAAGCUGCUCCCGCCAAGUAUGAUCCUCUUCCACCACUUGACGGAUCAGCACAGGCAUUAG